GGAGGAAUGUUCACAAGUGGCACUGACCUUGUUGAGAUCCCUGACUACUUAUUUGUCAGGGUUGCCAGGGCCAGAGAUUUGCUUGCAUGUUAUGGCCAUAACAGUUGGGGUCCUUAUGUUGAGGUCAAACUUGGAAGGUUCAAGGGCACAACCCUUUCCUUCAGGGGUCAUUAUGAUCCAGAAUGGAAUCAAGUCUUUGCCCUUGACAAAGACCAAAUUGGAACUGAAGAGAAAACUCUUGAGAUUUUUGUCAAAGACAGUGCUUUUGGGAAUGGGAGGUAUGAGUUUGAUGAUUACAUUGGUAAGGUUUCAUUUGCUGUUUCUGAUAUUCCCAAAAAGUUUCCAAGUGAUAGUGCACUAGCACUCCAGUGUUUUGGGCUAAAGGAUCACAUAGGGCAAAGACGCAGGGGAGAGCUUAUGGUAUCUACUUGGAUGGGAACUCAAGCUGAUGAGGCAUUUCCUGAUGCAUUGCAUUUACAGCGAAUUGCUGAAUCAAUUGGUGUUUACGAUGUUACUAACACUCGCUCAGGGAUAUACAUUAUGCCUAGGAUUUGGUGUCUUAGGGUUAAUUUGAUUCAAGCCCAGGACUUGGUACUCCAAGAUGGAACUGAAAGUGAAAACUCACUGAUUUUCAUCCAAGCUACUUUGGGGAAUUUCACUUUUACUAGCAAAAUGGUGAACAGCAAUAAUGGAAACCCAACAUGGAAUGAAGAUUUGUUAAUUGCUGUGGCAGAGCAAGAGCAAUUUGAUCAUCAGCACUUGUUUCUCAGUGUGGAGGAACAAGGAACACAAGGAGGUCACAAGAGGUUAGGGACAUGUGUGAUUCCCAUUAAGAAUGAAGACAAGAGAUUAGAUGGUUCAUCUGUGCCAACUAAAACCUUUGGUGUUGAACUGCAUGGAGAAUCUGCAGGUGAGAUACUGGUGAAGCUUUCUUUGGAUGGUGGGUACCAUAUGUUUGAUGAUGAGCCUCAGUGUAGCAGUGAUUGGAAUCCAACAGCCAAGAAACUGUGGAGAGUCAAGGUUGGAGAUUUUCAGAUGGGGAUAUUGGAUGCUACAUUGCUUCCAGCCAUGAAACCGGGACGCACCGAUGCGUAUUGUGUUGCUAAAUAUGGCCCAAAAUGGGUUAAGACAAGAACAGUUGUGAAUAGUCUUUCUCCAAAGUGGAAGUGGAAUGAACAAUUCUCUUGGGAGGUCUAUGACCCCUCCACAUUCAUCACAGUUUCUGUUUUUGAUAAUUGCCAAUUACAUGAAGGAGAUAUCGCUUCAGGAGCAAUGGAUACAAGAAUGGGGAGGGUGAGAAUUUGUCUUUCAGAACUAGAAACCAAUAGACUUUACUCCUAUUCUUAUCCACUUGUAGAACUCCAACCUUCAGGGCUGAAGAAGAUGGGGGUGAUUCAUUUGGCCUUCAGGUUUUAUUGUCCGAGUAUGAUUAAUCUCUGCAAAGUCUACACCUUACCACAGCUUCCGGCACUGCAUUUUUCCAAUCCACUGUCUCCAUCUCAGUUGAGUGGUUUGAGGAAACAAACUGUGUUGCUUGUGGCAUCAAAGAUGAGCAAGAAUGAAUCGCCGCUGAGAAGAGAGGUUGUCGAAUACAUGCUGGAUUCGCGUGAGAUCGCGUGGAGCAUGAGGCGAGGCAGAGCUGACUUUGAAAGGGUGAACAUUCUCGUGAGCAAGGUCACUGCCGUAUUCGCUCAACUCGACGACAUACGCAAGUGGAAAAACCCAUAUGCAACAGUCUUAGCUUGUGUUAUUCUCCUCCUUGUGGUUUGUCACCCUCAACUCUUGCUCCCCACAAUGUUUUCUAUGAUGAUCGUGUACCUGAAUCAGAAUUUGUAUCAGCAGUAUCAAUUCAUAUUCAAAGGAGUUUGUUCGGUUUUCUUCUUCCUUGUGGCUAUCUUUUGCUAUUUUUAUGUUCCCCCUCAACGCUUGCUUGCCACAGUGAUUUGUUUAAUGAUCCUGAUCAAUGUGCUUCAGCUGUGUCUAAGGAAGCCAAGAAAAUUGUCUCAAGUAGAUUUACAACUGUCUCAUGUUCACACAGCAAAUGUAGAUGAAUUGGAAGAAGAGUUUGAUCCAAUUCCUUCCAAAUUUGGAGACAACAUCAUGAGGAAUAGGUAUGAUAGGUUGAGAAUUGCUGCUGGAAAAUAUGUAGCACUGAUGGGUGAUUUGGCCACAAAAGGUGAGAAGCUGGAAUCUCUCUUGAGCUGGGAGGACUUCACAGCUUCAUUGUUAACUAUGAUUUUUUUCUUGGUAAUGGGGAUUGUUAGUUUCAUUUUUCCUCUCAAAGUUAUUGUGAUUUUUUGGUUGCUUUAUUUGCUGAGGCAUCCAAUAUUUCGUUCACCCUUUCCUUCACCUCUUGAAAAUUGGUUAAGAAGGAUGCCUUCAAAACUAGAUAGAAUGAUAUGAGACUGAAUCUCAGUCAAUAGUUUUUUUUUCUUAGAGAGAGGGAAGCCAAAAUUGAUGUACAAUAUAUUCAUCAACCUAUCUAUGUAGUUCUUCAAUUUUAUUUUCUUACCAAUCAAUUGAUUUUAUUUUAUUUUUGUUGCGUGUGUUAGUGUUCUUCUUCAUCUGUGUGUGGUUCCAAGUUAUA